AUGCCUCUCAAAGAACCUGCUGACAAGCUGCCGCUGGCGGUCCGCAAGAAUGUGCGGGACGAGUGGGAGAGUAAGAAGCCCGAGAUCGAGGCUCGGAUCUCAAAGACUCUCGGGGAGGCAUGGACGGUGACCACGAACCCCAACCUGCUGUACGUGUACACGGACGACGAGUCGUACAAGUCCCGCAUCGGCAAUAUCAUCAUGUGGUACAUGGAACCGUUCUGCUCGAACCUCGAAUCCUUCGUGGCCACGUACGGCGACGACGGGAAAUCCGAGCUCAACACACUCUGCCCCAAGCACCAGGUGGAACUGGCGCCGCAGGAGGACGACACAAAGUUCACGUACGGCGGCCUGCAGAUCAAGGACGGCGUGCUGCGGCUGCUGUUCGCCGAAGGAUACCUGGCUGCCAACGUCAGCGACGUGAGCCGGGACUUUAACGACGCCCUGAAAAAGGCCGCCGCAGCAGGUGGUGGCGCCGGUAGUAGCGGUAGCAGCAGCUCCGCGUUCAACAUCAACGCGCGACAGUCGGUGCGCGAGUCGUACGACCCGAAGGUCGGUGCUCUCCAACAAGCCAUCGGCGUGCUCGUCGGCGUGCCGGACAUCCGCCUCAACGCCAACUUCGAGGCCAACGCGGCCGUCCUCGCCGCCGCGGGCGCCCAGGUCCGCGCCGACUGGGACCAGAUCCUCGGCCGCGUCAGCCUCGACUACUUCGACGGACUCAAGUACCAGCUCGAGCGCGCCGGGUUCAAGGACGACGACAUGCUCCAGGAGGGGUUCCAGGAGGCCGUCACGAAGGGCGAGAUCCUGCUGCGCGUGGUCGACAAGCUGCAAAAGGGCACCUACCACGAGGUUCUGGUCGAGGACGGCGUGCUCGUCAUCCAAGUGAGUUGA